AGUAAUCAUUCAUUUUUUGUGCCAUCGGUUUUUGCAAAUAGUUUUUAUCACUAAGGUAACCUUUGAAGUAUAAAAACCAUGGCUGCAGAACAAGAAAUGCCCACAUUCAAAUGUGUUUUGGUCGGAGAUGGAGGUACUGGCAAGACCACAUUUGUUAAACGUCACAUGACUGGUGAAUUCGAAAAGAGAUAUGUUGCCACUUUGGGUGUAGAAGUUCACCCCUUGGUGUUUCACACCAACAGAGGUGCCAUACGAUUCAAUGUUUGGGAUACUGCUGGUCAAGAAAAGUUCGGAGGCCUACGUGAUGGUUAUUACAUCCAGGGACAGUGUGCUAUCAUCAUGUUUGAUGUGACAUCAAGAGUUACAUACAAGAAUGUUCCCAACUGGCAUAGGGAUCUGGUUAGAGUAUGUGAAAAUAUUCCAAUAGUACUUUGCGGGAACAAAGUGGAUAUCAAGGAUAGGAAAGUUAAGGCCAAAAGCAUUGUUUUCCAUAGAAAGAAGAAUUUGCAGAAACACACAACUGAAAAUAUAAUAGAAACUGCUGCAAAUAGUCAAAUGAUAAAUUAUGUAAAUGACCACAAUUUGGCUUCUGCAGCAAACACUCAUGUGAGACAGCACUGCAAUCAACAAUUAAUAGCAAACUGGACUAAUUCAAUUGGUAAAAGUAAAUAUAUUGUGGCAGUGUUUAUAGAUCUAAAAAGAGCAUUUGAGAUCAGUGAUAGGGGUAUAUAUCAUGGUAUAUUAUGGCUUGAGGGAGUUGUCUUAGACUGGCUGACUGAUUACUUGACAGGUAGGAGUUAA